AUGCAGAUAAAUGGCAUUCGGGCACACCUACCCAUCUACCUAAAUGGGGGGGCUCUACAGAUCUUGCAAAGUGGAGCUUCUGCCUUAGUGGUCACCGAUGUUCAUCUCUGGGUAUCUUAUGACUGGAAUCACCACCUGCGUAUCACCAUCAGCAGUGCUUAUUAUGGAGGUCUCUGUGGCCUUUGUGGGAACUAUAAUAAGGAUCCUGGAGAUGACUUCCAAACACCCACAGGAACGAUGGCACCAGAUGCCACUGCCUUUGGCAAGAGUUGGAAGGUGGAUGCUGGUGACGGAGACUCAUGCUGGGAUGAUUGCCAUGGGCCUUGUGUGCCUUGCCAGGCUGACCUGGCCAAAAAAUACCAAUCGGAGCAAUAUUGUGGUCUAAUAAUCAAGGCUUCAGAUGGCCCCUUCACUCCUUGUCAUUCUAAAGUGAACCCCAAGUUCUACUUCGAUGGUUGUGUUUAUGAUGUUUGCGCCAAUCAAGGACACAAACAAUCUCUAUGUGAUGUUCUGGCAUCCUAUGCAGAUGACUGCCAGAAAGAGGGGGUUCAGAUUGGUGAAUGGAGAAAAUUUGCUGGAUGCUUUCUGGAGUGUCCUCCCAACAGCGAGUACAAACUAUGUGGAACAGCUUGCCCAGCCACCUGCCUGGAUGACCAAACUCAGAAGCAAAUCUUCUGCCCAGCUGUGUGUGUAGAAGGCUGUCAGUGUUUGCAAGGCUAUGUGCUGAGCCAGGGGAAAUGCAUUCCCAAGAGCAGUUGUGGAUGUCUGCAUGAAGGCUACCUCUUUGCCCCCAAUGAGGGUUUCUGGGCUGAUGAUACUUGCACGAAGCGGUGUGUGUGCAAUCCAGCCACACACCAGGUUCAGUGCACCCAACAGGCUUGCAAAUCUACAGAAAAAUGCCAAGUUGCAAAAGGUGUGAGGGAUUGCUACCCUAUUGACUAUGGUGACUGCAUUGCACAUGGUGAUCCCCACUAUAUUUCCUUUGACAAGUAUAAAUUUGAUUUCCAAGGGCCCUGUGCCUAUGUCCUCACUGAAGUGUGCUAUAGACCCAUAGAUCUGAACUGGUUUGGUGUCUAUGUCCAGAAUGAGUAUCGGGGAAACCGUGCUGUGACCUGGACCCGGAGUGUACAAGUCAACGUCUAUGGUAUUGAGAUCAUAAUCAGUAGGCAAUAUCCUGGGAAAAUCUUGGUUGGGGGGGUGUUGACCUUCCUGCCAUAUAAUUCUGAUGGAAGAAGAGUCCAGAUAUAUCGGAAAGGCCCAAGUGCUCUGAUUGAAACUGACUUCGGCCUCAUGGUUAGCUUUAAUUGGGACCACCAUGUAAAGAUGACUGUACCUGGCACUUAUAGAAAUACCCUCUGUGGCCUAUGUGGGAACUUCAACAAUAAACCUGCAGAUGAUGCUCUUGUGCCUGGGGGUAUCCUUGUUCCCAAAAUCCCUGUGUUUGGUGCUAAAGGCACAAAGGUGUUUGACCCAAGCUGCAAAGAAGUCCUAGAUCCCAAAUGCCCAGGGGUUGAAGUCUUAGCAGCACAGCAGGGGGCCUCAGGCUGGGACUGUGGUCUCAUUGUAGCCAAGAAUGGGCCUUUCAGGGAAUGCCAUGGCCAUGUUGAUCAAGAAGCUGCUUUCCAGGAUUGCAUUUAUGACUACUGCUUCCUCAAGGGACGCUAUGCCUUCAUCUGUGCAGGAAUUGCCAGCUAUGCAUCAGCCUGCCAAGCUGCUGGCAUCACAAUAUAUGCCUGGAGAUCUUCAACCUUUUGCCCUGCACCUUGUCCUGCCAAUAGUCACUAUGAAGUUUGUGCUAAGGAAUGCGACCAGGCGUGUAGCAGCCUUUAUGUCCCAGUUCCUUGCCCCGCCAAAUGUUCCGAGGACUGUGUCUGUGAUGAGGGCUUUGUUCGGAGUGGCGAUGUAUGUGUACCAAUAGCAAAGUGUGGCUGUCUCUAUCAGGGACGUUACUAUCCAGCCUCAGAAGUUUUCUAUCCAACUUGCCAAGAACGUUGCGUCUGCCAGGCUGGUGGGAAUGUGGUGUGUGAAGUGCUCCCUUGUGGCCCCAAUGAAGAAUGCAAGCUAUGGGAUGGAUACCAGAAAUGCUACCCAAUUGGAAGCGCCACCUGCUCUCUUGUCGGAGAUCUCUUGCUUUCUUUUGAUGGGCUGCCCGUUGACUUCCAGGGUGCCUGUUCGUAUAUCCUAACCAAGUUUCACACAAAGAAUGUGAAUUUGGAACCUUUUACUGUAGUGGUACACAAUGAGGCCUGGGGGAAUGGAAACAUUGCAGUACCCAAGUUGGUCUCAGUGGAGGUCUUUGAGUUUGCGCUUUCUCUGCUACAAAACAAGUGGGGAUAUGUCCAGAUAAAUGAAGUACUCCAUCGUCUCCCUGUGAAUCUUUUGGAUGGGCAUCUCCAAAUCUAUCAACAUGGCAUUUACCAGAGGAUCGAGACUUCCUUUGGUUUUAUGCUGACCUAUGAUCUCUCUUACCAUGUGAGAGUCACUGUUCCCAGCACCUACCAGGGUCAGCUGGGUGGCCUAUGUGGAAACUACAACAGGCAGCAAAAAGAUGAUCUUCAGCUGCCAGAUGGCAAAGUGGUCUCAGAUGUGGCUGUGUUUGCUGCUGCCUGGAAAAUCCUGACCCCUGGCGUCCCCUGUACUGAUGGGUGCUCUGGAAUCAGCUGCCCAAUUUGCAAGGAGGAGAAGAAAGAGGCUUUUAAACAGCGCACCUUCUGUGGGAUCCUCACAGCCUCAGAUGGGCCUUUCAGUUCAUGCCAUGCUGUUGUGGACCCCACUGCCUAUCUAAACAACUGCAUCCUUGAUUUGUGCAUUGGUGGUGGGGACAAACAAAUCUUGUGUCAUAGUAUCCAGAGCUAUGUGGCAGCCUGCCAAGAAGCCAAGGUCAACAUCCAGCCUUGGAGGAGCCCAGACUUCUGCCCUCUGACCUGUCCAGCCAACAGCCACUACACCAUUUGUUCUAAUAUCUGUGAAGUCACCUGUGCUGGGCUUACAGAUCACCUUGAGUGCCCAGAGACCUGUGUUGAAGGUUGUCAAUGUGAUGAUGGCUUCUUCUCAGAUGGCAUCAAAUGCAUCUCCUUGGAUGAGUGCGGUUGCUUUGAACACAACACAUACUUCCCGCCUAAUGUGCCGAUCUUGCAAAACAAUUGCAAUGAAAAAUGUAUCUGCAGUCCAGCCGGAGGAUUCUUCUGUGAAGAUCAUGCUUGCUUGGCCAGUGAAGCCUGUGUGGUGAAAGAUGGGAUUAUGCAGUGCCAGAACAAAGAUCCCUGCAAAGUUAAGACUUGCCGUCCCAAGGAGACAUGCCAGAUCAAGGAUGGACAAGCUGUUUGUGUCCCAGAUUACGUGGGAAACUGUUGGUGCUGGGGGGACCCACACUGUCAUACCUUUGAUGGCUACAGCUACGACUUCCAAGGCACUUGUUCCUAUGUGCUCUCUGAGUCAACAGGCAGCAAUAAAAGCCUUGUACCCUUUUCAGUGGUGACAAAGAAUGAAAACCGAGGGGGUAACACAGCUGUCUCCUACGUGCGAGAUGUGCACAUCCAUGUGUACGAGCUGGAGAUAACCAUCCGAACAGGUGAAAAUGGCAGAAUCCGGGUUAAUGGCGUGAUCUUCAACCUGCCAGUAUCUCUUCUGGGAGGCCAGAUCCACAUCUUCUCAAGUGGCAACUUAGCCAAUGUGCAGACCAACUUUGGCCUAUGGGUGACCUUUGACUGGCUCUGGCGUGUAGAAGUCCACCUGCCUAGUAGCUAUUAUGGAAACACCGGCGGACUCUGUGGUAACUUCAAUCAGCUGCCAGAGGAUGACCGGAGUGGUCCAGAUGGCUUUUUGCUGCCCAAUGUGAUCAGCUGGGCUACUGCCUGGGCAGUGAAGGAUGGGGAUCCACUUUGUUUCCAUGAGUGCAGUGGGACAUGUCCAAUAUGUGAUCAGCAAAAGCUGGCGAAAUACAAAACAGAUGGACAGUGUGGGAUAGUCUCUAUCUCAACUGGACCCUUCCAGGGUUGCCAUGCUGUUUUGGAUCCUAACAUUUUCCUCGAAAACUGUGCUUUGGAUGUUUGUAUGAACGGAGGAGACCAUGAUACCCUGUGCCAAGCUGUGAACGCUUACGCUCAAGCCUGCCACCAGCAAGGACGCCAAGCUGGUGACUGGAGAACUCCCAUCAGUUGCCCUCUCCCUUGCCCUGAAAAUAGCCACUAUGUGACCUGUGGAAGUCGGUGUCCAGUGACUUGUUCCUCCCGCAAUGCACCCUUGUUUUGCUCAAAGAAAUGUGUGGAAACCUGCCAGUGUAACGAUGGCUACAUCCUUAGCGCUGACAAAUGUGUGCCCAUAGAAAGCUGUGGUUGCUCUCAUAAUGGCUUCUAUUACAAACCAGGAGAAGAAUUCUGGGAUGAGGACUGUGUUUUGCACUGCAGGUGUGAUGCCCACCUUGGUGUUGUGGUGUGCACCCCAGCUGCCUGCCCAAUGGGGGAACAAUGCAGGAUGGUCAGUGGAGUCCGAGGAUGCUAUCCUAGCUUCUCUACCUGCACCUCUGCUGGAGACUAUCACUACACCACCUUUGAUGGGCAAAAAUAUAAGUUUGAGGGCAGCUGCAUCUACCAGUUGGCUAAGGUCUGCCUUCCCAACCCUGCUCUCACACCAUUCGACAUCUCAGCUCAGAACAGCCCAGCCCCUGAAGGACGUGCUAUUACAUUAAAAGUGUAUGGAAUAAGCAUUACUCUCCAUGCUAAUCAGGGUGACCAGGCGCAGGUGAAUGGCAGCCUAGUAAAACUUCCUUUCAGCUAUGCGGAGACAAUUCAUGUUACUUCUGAUGAGAAACAUUUUGCCAUUGUGACGGAUUUUGGCCUGUUGAUCAAACUAUUCAAGAGCACUCUUGACAUUGAAACAAUUGUGGCAUGGAACUUCACAGGACAUUUGUGUGGGCUGUGUGGAAAUGCCAAUGGAGACCCCAGUGAUGAUAAGAUAGAAGAAUACGGGAAAAACUGGUGGGUGGGCUGUUCUCCAGGCUGUUCCCCAGAUUGUCCUCCCUGCACAUCAGCUGAGCUAGAAAGCUAUCAACAAGAUGGGUACUGUGGAUUGUUGCGUCGGUUGGAUGGGCCCUUCUUCUCCUGCUACAGUGCCAUCCCUGUUGCAUCCUUCUUUGAUGAGUGCGUCAAAAAGACCUGUGAAGCUCGGGGACAGAGGGCUGUUUGGUGUGAAGUUAUUGCCACUUAUGUGGCAGCCUGUCAGGCCAAGAGUUUCCCUUUACAGAAUUGGAGGACCGAUACCUUCUGCCCUCAGCCUUGCCCAGCUAACUCUCAUUAUGAACUUUGUGGAACCCGUUGUGCUGCUACCUGUGAAAACCCCCAGCUUCCACUUACGUGCAAGGCGCCUUGUGGUGAAGGUUGUAUCUGUGAUCCUGGAUUCAUCCUGAGUGGGAACCACUGUGUACCUCUCAGGGAGUGUGUCUGUGACUUCAAGGGCAUAUACUAUAAGAAGGGAGAGGAGUUUUUCUCCAACACUUUCUGCCAGAAACGUUGCCGAUGUAUGGAAGAUGGAACGAUUCAGUGUCAUGACUUCUGCAGCAGUGAAGAUUCCUGCAAAGUGGUGAAUGAUGUCCCAGUUUGUUUCCCCAGAGAAUCAGGCACCUGCUAUGCACUGGAUGGUUGGAAUUACGUCACCUUUGAUGAUGUGCAUUACUCACUGUCAGCUUUUUGCUCAUAUAUACUUGCUCAAAGUGACGAGCGACACAAGUUCUCCGUGGUCAUCUUGGCUGGAAGCAGUGGCACUGAGAAAGUAGAGGUUCAGGCUUCUGGAUACCAUGUAGUUCUUCAGAGAGACAAGAUCUGGGAAAUUUUGGUCAAUGGAGAGCGUCUUCUCUUGCCAGCUAACUUUGGGGAUGUCUCAGUGAGACAAGAGGGCAAAGCUGUGCUGCUUCGUACCGGUUUUGGCCUGCGUGUCUAUUAUGACCUGAAUGAUUGGGUGGCAGUAUCUUUACCUGGUACCUACCAGGGCCUCUUGAAGGGGCUCUGUGGCAACUUCAACAAGGACAAGAACGAUGAAUUCUUCCUGCCCGGUGGAAAGCCGGCCCAAGAUUUGACUGAAUUUGGAACCUUUUGGAAAGCUGAAGGUGGCAGUUGCUUGGAAGGCUGCAGGGAUAAAUGCCAUGUUUGUGACAAACUUCUGCAAGAAACGUUCCAAGCCAAGAACUACUGUGGGUUGAUCCAAGCUGUUCCAGGUCCAUUCAGUGGAUGUCACGCGACUGUUAACCCAAAUCACUUCUUCAAUUACUGCGUGGCCAGGCUAUGUACUACUAAUGGGGCGUUAGAAUCUCUCUGCCAAAGUCUUCAGGACUAUGCAACAGCUUGUCAAAUGGCUGGUGCCACCAUUGGGGAAUGGAGAACCUACACCUCUUGCCCUGCUCUGAGCUGCCUGCCUGGCACCCAUUAUGAGCCUUGUGCUCGGAGCUGCAAGGGCACGUGUGCAGGAAAUCUUUUGUGUGUGGAUCCAUGCAUCGAGGGCUGUGUCUGCAAUGUGGGAACAUGGGCGAACGGAGCAGCCUGUGUGAAUACAGAACAGUGUGGAUGCUGGCAUGAUGGGAGACUCAUCCAGCAAGGAGAGAGCCAUCUCUCUCCAGACUGCAGGAUGCGCUGCACAUGCACAGGCUCUGGCCAGCUGAGCUGUCUUCCCUACAGCUGUGGAACUGGCGAAGCCUGUGGACUGAGAAAUGGGCUGCGCGGCUGCUUUCCCACCGAGGGCCGCUGCAUCAUGAUACCAGGAGACAAUUUCUCUUCCUUUGAUGGCCUUUCUGGAGAUAUAUCUGCUCCUGGAGCCUACCAGUUGGCGUCCCUUUGUGACAUCCAAUCUGACGAUUGGUUCCGCCUGAUAAUUAGCAUUACCUCGUGUCUGCCUGUCCAAACGACCACUGUCAUCUUGCACUUCUUCUUCAAAAAUUUAUUUAUUACUGUGAAUGACCAGAAAGAGGUUUGGGUGAAUGGACUGCGUGUUGGAAUUCCACUCCAAAUCACCAACUCAGUGAAGUUUGACCUGACUGGUGAUGUGAUUGUCCUGCAGACACCUCAGGUUCAAAUAACAUUUGGCCCAAAUAGAAGAGUAGCUGUGUCUGUCACCCCAGCUUUGGCAGGGAAGUUGUGUGGUGCUUGCGGAAACUUCAACUACACACUGGUGGACGACUUGAAGGGGCCAGGUGGAGUGGAUGUCAGCACCGUUCUGGAGCUCUUCUUGUCUUGGACGGCCAGAGAUUUUGCUCCACUGUGUGCAUUAGGAUAAGAUUGAACAGGGUGAUCUGAUGCUGCCAAUCUGAUGGUGGAUUGAAAUCAAGAAGAAAGUCUUUGGCAAGCCUCACCAUCAAAGGAAAGUGAUGUGGGAAACAGACCUUUUCAGAGCUCUGAGUUUCCAUAGGCAUUGCUCAAAUGAAGUUAAGCGAUGUGGAAUUUAAGUUCAAAGUCUGUAGAAGUAGAUUCUCUUAAUUAAAAAUGGAUUCAUUCUGUUUAAAAAUCACGUUUCUGUAUUGGCAGUAGAAAUGGAACUAUGUAAAACUCAGGGAACCUGUGAAGACCCAGAAUACCCUUUGCCAUAAUAAUUUAGUUCAGGGUGAUCCCGUGGAAGGGAGCAGGAGGAGGACAACAAGCCACAGACUUGUGUUUUGAGAAGAAGUACGAAAAAGGCUCAUGGGAUCAUCAUAAUAAAAGGAAUGCAGAUUAGGAAGGACGGCAAAACUAGGGUGCCAUUCUCAAGGUUAAGUCUGGCUAACUACUUCAUUGCCCAUAUAGAGUUGAGGGCUUUUCCUGUUUAUGUACUUAAUUAUGCAUGACUGCCAAUACACCUUUUCUAUCUCCUAUAAAAUCCUUUGAUUUACUCUCCUUCUCACCGUAUCUCAGUCAGUUUGGCUGCCAGCCCAGUGACCGCUGUCAUAAGGCAUUUUAAUAAAGAACCUUUGCUUCAGA